CAACAAAAAAAGUUGCAUUCGAACUCUUCUGCCAUCCUCGCUCGCCUCGAACGGAUCAACGAGGUACUUAUUCGAGUUUAAUAGCAAAGCGUUAUUUCAUCCAUUCUCCUUUUUGGAUUAUUAUUGUGGAAAGGACUUCGUUCUUAUAGAUGUUGCAUAUGACCUCUAGGUAACCUACAAUAUGCAUCUCUGGCUACAAGUCGUUGGUGUCGUACUCACUUUCCGCCUGGCGCUCUCAAUCUAUCACCACUUGACGUCAACCUUGCGUCACGUUCCAGGGCCUUUCUGGGCUCGUUUCUCGAGACUAUGGUAUUUCCAUCGUGUCUGGCGCGGUCAUUUUGAACAAGACAACGUCAGUUUGCACAAUAAGUAUCAUAGCGCGGUCGUCCAGGUGGCGCCGAAUUGGUAUAGCUGUACCGGGCCUGAAGCGUUAAAGGAGAUUUACGCACCGGGGUCCAAGUUUACAAAGUCGGAUUGGUAUGAUGGAUGGAAACACCCGGACCCGGAUCAGUGGACUUUAUUUCCUGAUAAGAAUAUGAAACGACAUGGGGAGACAAAAAAGCGGUUUGCGGCGAUGUAUUCGUUAAGUUCACUGGUUAGUUACGAACCAUUCGUUGAGCGAUGCGUGACACUUUUUGCCAAUCGACUCAGUGAAUUUUCGGAGAGCAAGAAUGGCAUUGAUAUGGGCUACUGGCUUCAGUGCUAUGCCUUUGAUGUCAUUGGAUGUAUAACAUACGGCGAACGAUUUGGCUUUCUGGAUGCGGGCGAAGAUAUCGAAAAUGCCAUCAAUGCAGUCGGUUCCAUCCCUGAGUAUUCAACUCUGGCGGGUAUAUAUCCAGAAUGGCAUCCGCUGCUUUAUAAAAUUACCAGUCGAUUGGGCGGCUCCGGCUCCGGUGGACGCAACUUCGUUCGCCAAUUCGCACAGACACGAAUUGCAAAACACAAGCAGCAAAAAGUUGAUCUUGAAUUGUCGCAAGAGCCAUUCAUGACCAAGAUGAUCCGUGCCCACCGAGAGGAUCCCGAAAAAGUAACAGAUUAUCACAUGUUCAUGAUGGCCCAGAGUAACGUGAUUGCUGGAUUUGAUACCACAGCGAUCAGCUUGUCGGCCAUUAUCUACUUCCUUAUGAAGAAUCCACGGGUGAUGCAGAAGCUGCGUUGUGAGAUUGACGCUGCUGUACAGAAUGGCAGUUUGGGUGGAGGUCGUGACAAUGCGGUUACAUUUCAACAAAGUCAGAGCCUACCGUACUUACAAGUAGUCCUGAAAGAAGCUUUGCGUAUGCAUCCAGCAACAGGUCUCCCUCUGUGGCGCGUUGUUCCGAAGGGAGGCUUUGAUCUCGACGGGUUGCAUUUUCCAGCAGGAACUGUAGUAGGCGCAAAUAGCUGGGUUACACACUACGAUCCUGAGGUUUUUGAAAACCCGAAUGAGUUCAUGCCAGAGAGGUGGCUUGAUCAAGAUGAGGAUAAAGUGAAGGCUAUGAAUGAGAUGUAUAUGCCGUUCGGACUCGGUUCUCGUACUUGUAUCGGGAGACAUAUUUCGACCCUAGAAAUGGCCAAGUUGAUCCCAGUUCUUGUCCGGGAUUUUGAUUUCAGCUUUGCAACUGCAGACCAGGAUUGGGAGACUGAGAAUUAUUGGUUUGUGAAACCCAAGAAUUUCCGGGUUCAUGUAUCCAGAAGGAAUACCAAUGUUUACGAAGAAAAGAGGAUGUAAUUUGUUUGAAGCUUGUAUUCCUAUUUUCACUGAACCCAAGAGGGAUUUGCAAAUGGUUUGCUCUUAUUCAAAAUGUUUACUGGGAGAGUUCAAUGAGUAGGCUAAUUUAUUUAACCUGAUAGUUUUGGGCGAAUAUAAAACAAUUCUCCAUUAUGAUGUAAUAUCAUGAAGAAAGCCAGCAACGUAUUAAUUAAUUUUAUUGGCUAGACUUUUUCGGCACUAGCAGCAUCAUUUUAUUCACUGUUUUUGUUGGUC